GUGUUAUAGUGCAUGUGUGUAGAGCAAGAUAUUUUGGAAUAAUUUGAAAUAAGGGAUCUUUGUUUUUGUGUUUUCUUCUUCCACAAAAAAUGGCAGCAAAAUUAUUUAUUUUUUAUAUGUUAUAUUUCUGUAUACCUUCCGUUUAUGGAAUGAAACAAGCUCCUUGUGUUUUCUUUUUUGGGGAUUCUCUGUUCGACAAUGGAAACAACAAUUUUCUUCUGACAUUUGCCAAUGUCAAUUAUCCACCCUAUGGGAUUGAUUAUCCGGCCGGUCCCACCGGCAGAUUCUCCAACGGCAAAAAUUUACCCGAUUUUCUCGCUGAAUUUUUGGGUUUUGACAAUCCUAUUCCUCCAUUUGCAACUGCAACGGGUGCCAAUAUUCUCAAUGGUGUAAAUUAUGCAUCGGGAGGAGCAGGAAUCCUCGACCAAUCGGGAGCAGCACUGGGUAAUGUAAUGAGCUUGAACAAGCAGCUGAUUAAUCAUGGAAACACGGCUUUCAAAAUGGGGCUUUUACUUGGAAACGCAACUCGCGCUACAGAUCAUCUCAACAAGUGCUUAUAUCUCUCCAAUAUGGGAAAUAACGAUUAUCUCAGCAAUUAUUUGAUGCCCAAAUUUUACGCAUCUAGUACUUUGUUUACUCCACAACAGUUUGCAGAAAUUUUGAUAAACCAAUAUCGUCGACAACUUGAGAUCUUGUACAAGUAUGGAGCAAGGAAAGUAGUAGUUUUUGGGUUGGGUUCAAUUGCUUACAUACCUCAAUUUCGGUCUACUAAUGAAUCCGUGGACUCCAUCAACAGGAUCACACAACAAUUUUAUAAUAAGCUCGCGCCACUCGUCCACGACCUCAAUACCGAUCUACAUGCCGCACAAUUUAUCUUUAUAAAUGUUACCAACUUUCAACUAGGGGAUCCUUCUACUACAGGUAUAAAAGUGAGGGAUGUGCCAUGUUGUGUGGUAUCAAAACUAACAGGGCUAUGUGAUCAUGGAAAAACACCUUGCACCAACAGAAAUGAGUAUUAUUUUUGGGAUAAUUAUCAUCCCACAGAAACUGUAUAUCAUGCCGUCGCUACACGAUCCUACGCUGCAGCGUCGCCGGACGAUGCUUACCCCACCGACAUUCGUAAUCUCGUUAGACCACAUUAAUUUCUUUUUUUUUAAAAUAUUUUCAGACUAUAUUUCAUGUUUUCUUGUCAAAUUUCUGCAAUGUUAAGAAUAAUACACAUGCCAAUUUAUUUUAUAAAUAUUCUCAGAUGAUUAUAAUUUUCAAUCAGUUUACUGUUAA